AUGGACAAAACUAUGAAUAGUACUACAAAAAAGAAGGUUGAAACAAUUUUGUAUCGCUGCAAGGAACACGGUGAUGUGCUAAAUCAUGAAUUAGGAAAAGAAACAACAUCCUUAGACGAAUCUUUGAACCCUGAAAAAUAUGUGAAUAUUGCUAUUAACUGCAUAAAUCACUUCCGUCCAAUAACUUCUCUAAAGUUUGCCAAUUACGGAUUAUUAAUUGCUAAGAAACAAAAUGAUAGAGAGCAAGCAAGUUAUUGUCAUAUACUUAGAGGAAAAGCAUACUGCAUGAUUGAACAAUUUGAAUGCGCAACCUCUUGUUUUGAGUGGGCACUAGAAGAUGCAUCGUUAUCGUCUGUCUGGAAAGCAUGGAUAAAUACACUCCUUGUUGAACUUAGGUCUAUUUCACAAUACGGAAUAAAAAGUUCUGAAAAGCUCCAGAAAGAACCGGAACCUGACGAGUACAUAAAUGGCGUCCUUAUGAAGAUGGACAGUCCUACUAAUGACUUUCAAAAUAGUUCAAGUACGUUACUUGACUCAAGUUCUACAAUGCAAAAUAAGAACGUAUCUUUGGCAGACAAAACACGUUUCGACUGGUCCCAAGCAUCUUCCACUUUAAGCCUGGACAUCUAUGCAAAGAACGUUAAGCCAGAAAAUUUAAGUGUAACUAUUAAAACCAAUUGUGUUUCUAUACAUGCGACUUUAAUGGACAAUUCGAGUUAUGCACUAAAUUUAGAUCCACUUGCUCACGCUGUUGAUGUAAAUGGUUCUUCAUAUCGUCUCUUCUCCACAAAAAUCGAAGUUAUAUUGAAGAAGCAAAUUCCAGACAGAAAAUGGGAGAAUCUCACAAAAACUGACAACGAUAUCGACUUGAAGCAUCCUCAGUUAACUAGCGGAACAACGUCGAAAAUCAGUAGUAAGAAGAACUGGGAUCAUCUUUUAGAUGAAGUCGACAAAGAAGAGGAAGAACCUACAGGUGAUGCUGCAUUGACAAAACUUUUUCAAGGAUUAUACCAAAACGCGGAUGACGAUACAAGGAGAGCUAUGAUGAAAAGCUAUAGUGAAAGUAACGGCACUUCCCUCUCUACUAACUGGAAAGAUGUCGGUGGCCGUAAAUUUGAAACAAGACCGCCUAAGGGAAUGGAACCUAAAAAAUACAACGAUUAA